AUGGAGGACUGCAUGGCGGCUUCUCAAGGAACAUUCGUCAAAUUCUGUCCGGCUCCCGUCUACUCCAAGAUCGAAACCGGCGCCUACAGCAUCUCCGAUCUGCCACUCAUGGAGUUGCACGGCAAGGGCAAAAAGUUCAAGGAAUUCUUCCAAGCAGUGCAUGACGUCACCCCUGCCCAGCAGCAACAAAUCCGCGAGGUCAUGAACUCAGAGAAUCCUCGCCUCGUGGACUUGCCUGCUAAUGCCUGCCAUUUGCAGCUCGUCAUUGAUUCUUCCGCUAACAAGGUUCUGAAGUUCUACCACGCGUCGGUGCCCAUAGCUUGGGGCGUUGUGCGGGUUUUCUGCAAUGACCAGCCCAUGAUCAUCAAUUACAAGAUCGCUACCAACUCCGAUCGGGUGAAGUGUGCUUUCCUCCACAUGUUGGCAAACAUUCCUGGCGAGCAGUGGCUAGCUCAGUCCUUGGGCCAAAAGGUCUCUACCAAAGCCGUGAAGUGCAGUGACAAGGAUGGUUCUUCAUGGGACCCAUCGCCAGAGGAACUGCGACUUGGCAUCACCUUCAUCAACGAGCAUGCCCCGCUCGCUAACGGACACAAUGAACAAUUCCUCUGGGGGCUACUGAGCGUGCGAGACAAUGAGACUCCAAUCUUCGGAUGGCCCAUGCACGUGGUCAGCCGAGCUUGGCAGAACCGAAGCGUCGGGAACUCCCAAGCUGAGCCGGAGCACUUCUUCCCACUACUUCUUCACGACAUCAAUGAAACCAUCGUGCAAAAGAUCCUUCCACUGGUUGAAAACUCCCUUGGGCAUCAUCCUAUAGCUCUUGCCCGCCACUACGUGAACACUCGUGGACCUAAAGGUGCUGUUGUCGGCUGGCGCCGAUCAAAGCAGAUAGACGGCUUCCGCGAGCGGCCAGGCGAGCUUCAUGUUCCGGUUCUCCUCGAUGAUCCUGUGCCCAGCCGCAUGAACUUUGAGGACCUCAAGUCAUUCCUCGACGUGGGGGAAACAUGCUUGGUCGACGCGAGGUACAGGGCUGCAAAGUUCGUCAGGAACCAGACCCGAAUCCUCUUGAACAACGAGUGGAACCCUGAGGCUGAACCUGAUCUGCAGUUUCACUCUCAAAUUGGAUGGGCCGACUUCAAGAAGAUGAUCUCCACAACUUUCAACGACGCCUCCAUGCCUCACUUGAUGGCCAUCCUGAAAAGGGCCACAGUCAUCCUCGCAGGGAGCAAGGCGGUGUACGUGCACCUCGCCUCGGAACACCAAUCGGAGAUCAUCCAUCGGUUUGAAGGGGGUGGAGUCACAGAGGAUUGGCUGUCAACCAAGCACAAGGCCUUCUUCGGCUACUACAAAGACGGUCAGUAUGAAAAGUACAAAGGCUUUGAGGCAGCCUUAGGAGCCGAGGCCACAUUCAUCGGCGACUUGCUGGCGUCCCCAGAGGAGAAGGAGUACAUGAAAAGAGGCGCUACCUACGACUCGUGGGCUGUCGAGUACGGGUCGUCUCAGGACAUCCAGGUGCCGAACCUCGCCACACCUCGCUCCCGUCCUACACCGUCUGCUGUCAGCCCGCUCAUCACAUCGCCACCUACCAAGCUGCACAAGAAGGAGAACGUCACAAACGAGGAUGCCACCAUGUCGCAGGAACUCAACCGUCUUGUUGACGAACUUGACGGUGAUGAAGAGGCCGCCAGGGAGCUGCGCUCGGACUCCUGA